AUGGAUAGACGUACUAGUAAUGUAUGGAGCCAUUUUACGGUGUUUGAUCAAAAUAAAAAAAUUGCUAAAUGUGAUCAGUGUUUAAAAAAAUAUUCUUACCAUUCUACACUAACCAAUCUCAAAAAACAUUUAGCUGGUGUUCAUUCAAUAAAUAUGUCUUCAAACACAAAUACAAUUCAUAAUGAAAGUGAAAAUAUUGAUAACCCUGCAAUAAUUUCUGAGCCUAGUUCUUCUUUACAACCAUCCGAACCCACACCAUUGUCUGAAAUUGUAUCCACUCAAUGCACACCAUCAUCAUCGUCGUCGUCAAAUGUUUUUUCCAUUAUGCAAGCUUCAAGUUCAAUCCGGAAAAGAAAACAAACAUCUGUUGUUGGUUAUUUGCCGAGAAAACUAACAGUAGAUGCAAAAAAAAAUAUAGAUCAAACACUUAUGAAACUUUUUAUAAAUGAUUUUCAACCUUUUAAGAUUGUUGAAGAUUCAGGGUUUAAACAAUUUGUAAAAGUAUUGAAUCCUAACUAUGAAUUACCUAACCGUCAUGCAAUUUCAAAAGAACACAUACCAGCUUUGUAUCAGAAAUGUUUAGUAGAGAUGAAAAGUUUGACAUCAACUGUUGAAAGUGCUUGUUUAACCACCGACUGCUGGACGUCCAGAAAUAAUGAAAGUUUUAUGGCAAUUACAGUACAUUUCAUAGAUAAUGAGUUUAAAUUGAAAUCUAUACUUCUAGAAUGCCAUCCGUUUGACUUGAGCCAUACAUCAUCCAACCUUGCACAAGAAAUUGAACGUGUCUUGAGAUCUUGGGAAUUAUUCGACAAAAUUACAUUUGCUGUUUCUGAUAAUGCCUAUAAUAUUAAAAAUGCCCUUAAUACUUUAGGUUUUAAGAAUAUGGGUUGUUUUGCGCAUACCAUGAAUUUGAUAGUCCAGUCAGCACUCAGAUUAGAAGAAGAUCUAAUAAACAGAGUUAAACAAAUAGUUGCUCAUUUCAGAAAAAGUACAGUAGCUAAUAAUGCAUUAAAAACCAAUCAAAUUAACAAUGGUGUAAAAAAUCCAAAAAAACUAAUACAAGAUAUACAAACUAGAUGGAAUUCCACUUACUACAUGAUUUGUAGAUUUGUUGAGUUGGAAACUUCAAUUCGAGGGACUCUUCAAUGUAUUCAGCAAUUUAUUGAAAAUGGAUCUGACACAAAGGGUUUUAAAGGUGGCUGA